GUGGGAGAGAAGGGUGCUCUUCUAUAGUGUACCGAGUCAUGUAUAAGGUAUGGGAAAAUAUACUACAUACAAGGGACAGGUGAAUGUCGAAAUAUGAAUAAAAAAAAGGCGACGUCAUUUAUGGGUCCUCAUUGACGUAAAGAUGCUGCACUGACCGGAAAUCCAACCCAGCCACUCUUAGUUUAGUUUAACUGAAUAAAAAAGUAUGAAUUAGAUCAACAAAGAGUAAGAAUGAUUGAGAAACAUAGGAUGAUUUUUUGAGAUUUCUGUUGUAAGCCGUUAUAUAAUAAGCUGGCAGUUUUUUUUUUCUACUAUUAUUAAGUAGUCAUCAUCUGUUCCACUCGUUUGUAGUUGUAUAUAACAUAAAUUGAUCGAGAGGCAGUGGAACGGCAUCAGGAACAGAAUGAAACUGAGUGAAUUGGGAUCAUUCAAGCUUCAUAAUAUCCCAAUCCCCGUUCAAUAAAUGUAAUUAAUUUUAGAUCCGUCAAACCAUUCUCGAGAAACGGUGUUUUCCGUUAUGUUUUUAGUAUUUCUUAUAUUCAACGGAAAGAAUCCAACAACAAUAUUGCACAGUUGUUGAUUUAACCGUGCCGUUAAGAAGAAACAUCAGAGAGUACAAAUAUGGCUGCCACAAUGGCCGUCUUCCAUGCAUUGGAAGGACCAUCGCAUGUUACAAUUUUUUGAUCAAAAACCAACAUUUUGUCAUAACUUUUCUAAAUAUUGCUCAAUUUUCAUAAUUUUUGGAGUGAAAGACUCUUUUUCAAAAAGGGUUCGAACAACCUCGACACCCGGAAGAAAUUAUUUGAAUUGAGCACAAAAACUCCAAAAGAAACUCUUGCCCCACUUUACUCUAAGCAAUUAGGGCGUAAUAGGAAGCAAUCAGUGAAGUACUAGAUUGAAAGUAGUGAGCUGGAUUUUUGUAUGGUGAGAUGAUCAAUUCUCCAUUUCUGCAAUAAAACGGUGCAAAUAGCGUGGGUUAUAUGAUUUCUUCGCUAAUUUGAUGCUAUUUGAGCAAAAGUUUGGGUAACUGUGUUGUUGUAUUAUUUAUUUCUUGCAACUUGAACAACACAGUUACUCAAACUUUUGCUCAAACAUCAUCAAAUUAGGCAAGAAAUCGUAUAACCCACGCUGUUUGCACCGUUUUAUUGCAGAAAUGGAGAAUUGAUCAUCUCACCAUACAAAAAUCCAGCUCACUACUUUCAAUCUAGUACUUCACUGAUUGCUUCCUAUUAAAAGGUACGAAACUGAUUACACUCAUUCCUCUAGAAGUUCAAUCUCGUAUUCAUCAACGAUUUCCUUCUGGGAUUUCUCAAGUAGAUAGUCGAGGAAGAAACUUCUUUAGGAAUGUCAAAAACGCUUUGAAAAUUUUGAAAAAGUUUUUCUGCAGGGGUGUCAGAAGAAAUAUCUGGAAAGAUCCCAGAAGGAAUUCUCUAAACACCUUUACAGUCAAUUCCAUAUAAAACUCCUUGGGGAAUUGCAGACAGAUCAUCUGCACACCCAGUAUAAAUUUUUGAAUAUGAAAACAGAAGGAUCAACUGCAAGAAUACUUGAAGAAAAUAAAAAAAAUAAAAAAAAAAAUCAACAAUUACAAAUUUUUGGUCGAAGCACAUCAGAUAAGGUGAAAUUUAGAACUUGACGGCACAUCAGCUGAUUUCCCAUCCGUCGCUGUAAUCAAGAGUUCAUCCGGUAGUGUGUAGUACGUACAAACUCCGAGGGUGCUUGGGGGCAUCAUCAUUAGUAUCAUCACCAGCAGCCGAGCAGCCAGCGCGUUGAUUACCGAACCGGGAGUGCGAAAAUUGUCCCCUACAGAGUAUAGCAAAGUGCGUGGUUCCAGCAGCAAGUGCCGGCAAACCCUUGGGAAAUUAAUCAUCGCACAACAAACGUCUUCGUAGUCGCCGUCGUCGCCGCUGCUGGACAGUGUCAAAAGGAUCCUAAAAAGAGUGAGACCCACCGACGCCGCCCAAAGACGACGCACCCGCCGACGAUGGAUAGCUCUGGGGGCAAGAAGAACACCGUGUCGGAGUUCAGCUACAUGCUGCAGAGACAAGGUAGCGAUGACUCGACAGAAGCAGCCGCCUUCGACGAUAUCAACUCACUGAUGAAGCAAAACAACGAAAGCUCCCGAGAGGAAACUCUGUCGUCACUUCCGCAAGCGUCUUUCAACUAUAUCAACUCGAUCGUCGGCAGCGGAGUGAUAGGCAUUCCGUACGCUCUGCACCGGGCAGGAUUCGGACUGGGGUUGUUCCUGUUGGUGAUUGUGGCAGUGAUUACGGACUACUCGUUGAUAUUGAUGGUGCGGUGCGGCCAUCUCAGUGGAAGAUUCAGCUACCCGGGUGUCAUGGAAGCUGCAUACGGCAAGGCCGGCUACUACUUGCUCUCGUUGCUGCAGUUUAUGUAUCCAUUUCUCGCAAUGAUAUCGUACAACGUGGUCGUCGGUGACACGCUGUCCAAGGUGCUGCUGCGACUGGUGCCCUCCUGGGGCACCGCGAUGGGCCCGGUGCGCUUCGGCGUGGUCCUGGUCGUGACCGUGUUCGUCGUGAUACCGCUCUGUUUGUACAAGAACGUUUCCCGGCUGGCGAAGGCGAGCUUCCUCAGCUUGGCGUGCGUCGUGAUUAUCCUGUUUGCCGUGGUGUACAGACUGAUGGCCGGCGAUUACGCUGUCGUGCCAGACACACCGGAGUCGUGGCGAUUUGCUCACACUGAUCUGAUCCCCGCUGUGGGCAUCAUGGCAUUCGCUUUUAUGUGUCAUCACAACACGUUCCUGGUGUACCAAUCGAUGCGGAAUGCCACCCUGGAACGGUGGGAAAAGGUGACCCACAUUUCGGUGGGCUUCGCCUGGCUGGUGGCCGUGUGUUUUGGGAUCGCCGGGUAUUGCACCUUUCGGGCGCUUUCGCAAGGUGACCUGCUGGAAAACUACUGCUGGGACGACGACCUGAUGAACUUUGCCCGGGUCCUGUUCUCCAUCUCGAUCCUCCUGACGUUCCCCAUCGAGUGUUUUGUAUCGCGCGAAAUCGUCCGAACGCAAAUCAAACGAUUCUAUUCCCACGAGGUGGUGGAGUACGACACCGACAAGGAUCCCUCGCAUGCGACCGGAGCCGAGGAGGACGACAAAUCGGUUGCCACCACGUUGGUCAUCGUGCUGGCGGCAUUUAUCAUCUCACCGUACACCGAAUGCCUCGGACCGGUGCUGGAGCUGAAUGGUCUCCUGGCGGCGAUACCACUGGCCUACGUACUCCCUGGCCUAGCGUACAUCCAGUUAAGCCCACACUCGCUAUGGAGCCGAGAAAAGUUGCCAGCUGCCGGGUUGGUCCUGUUCGGGACGUUUGUGACCAUAUCGGGAGCGGCGCUGCUGGUACCGAAUCUCAUCGGUGACUGUCGGACCGGCAUCAUUAUGGGCUACUGCAAAGACGACGAGCUAGCCGUCAAUGGGACCAGCAUGUUGGGAAUGACGACGCCCGCUUGCACUAGUGAUGCGGUUUAAGGGGGGAACAGGGUUGUUAAUUAGUUUUAUAUGGAAAUGAUGGGCGCAAAAAGUGUGGCAUGUGCAUGAAAGGAUUAAUAAGGAUAUUUUUUUCGGGUACGUUAUACACGAGCAUAAAAUAAUUUCAUUUCUUUCUGUUUGAGAAUUUUUGCCUUAUAAAUUUAACUUAUCAGGACGCAUGCUUGCUUGCUCCUGACCCUUCACCGCACUCGCGUAUACCUACAGCGGUUUUUGGUAGUAUUGUAGUUUUUCCAACUAUGCACGACCUGAAGUGUUAAUGCGAAUCUUUUCUGAAUUCCGCAUACCGGCCAAAAAGUUGUGCGCCGACAGCCCAUGCGCCGGGUUGUGCGCCAUACACAAUGUAAAUAAACAAGUGUCAAAAUGGUUCGCGCCAAGAGCUCUAUCUCUCUUAGGGUUCGGUUACAUUUUUUGUCUAAAACAUUGAACUUCCUUAUGUCCGGAAAUAAUGUACAACAAAGAUAUUAUUCACGGUAACAACGCUUUUACUUCAUUAAACCACUAAUUAAUAGUGAUUUGGCUAGUGAAAAACUUGGCGCACAGGCAAUCGGUGCGCAAAUUGUGCGCUGGUGUGCGGAUUUGAGUUAAUCGUCGCAAAGUGCCCAACACACAUUAUACCCUGGCGCGCAACUUAGAGGUCGACGAGAAACUUGUCGAAAUGCUUUAAAUUCUCGAGAAGCUCAAAAACAAUUAAAUACCCAAGUAACAAUUCAGAAUCACUAAUAAGUAUGCCAUUUUAACAAGUAUUCUAUGAAAGCGCUGACAGUUGGACAAGAGUAUGUGAAAAAAGUGUUGAAUAAAUAUUUCAAAAGCGAAAACAGCACUUUUGUUCAUCAUAUUUUUGUUAAUUGAACAACUAAUCGAACAAAAGUUUAAAGAAAGUUGUUUAGAUAUUUCCAUCAAUAGCCUAAUGGUGUUGUAAUAAUGUACGACGACAAGCUGUUUCCGACACAUUAACUGCCGUUAUUCCACAUAAUAUUCACAGUGGAACAAGUAGCUUGUAAACAUUAGAGUGGGUCAUCGUUUAUAUGAAAAAAUGAAAAAAUCAAUGGUAUCCCAUCAGAUCAAAGCUUUUUUGUAGCAUUUCAGGACCCAAAUAAGUGUGCAAAAUUUGAGCACGAUCGGUUAUGUCUACGUUUUGCACAUAGCGUUUAAAGUUUGUAUGGAAUUUUACAUGGAAAAACACACUUUUUUUUGCAUUUAUCUUCAUUGACGUAGCUAGGGGGGAUUCCAGGGGUGCCUGGCACUUCCUAGAACAAAUUUGGCAUCCCCUAGAAUUUUUCCUUGACUGGCACCUAAAAUUUAGAACUUCACACAUUCCAAUAUUUAUUGAUGGCACAUUUGAACAAAAUAUAAGCAAACCUAAAAUUACUUAUAUAACUGUUGUAUGGUUUGGCGUUUUGGAUAUUGGUAAGAAUAAUGAACAUACUUCUAUAUUUUUACAGUGAUUUCUCUAUGCGUCCUUUAUGGAUUCCUCCCGAUAUUUCUUCAAUAAACUUCCCUUAGGAUUCUGCUUCCUGAUGGGGUUGUACAUACAAGAAAUUUCUGCAGAGAUUGAUCCAGCUAUUUCUCCGGUGAUUCUUCUAUGAAUUCCUUCCGAGAAUUUAUUCAGAGAUUCUUCCAGGAAAGUCUCACAAAAUUCCUCCAGGAGGUUAUAUUGGCCUUCCUCCGGCAAUUGUGGCUAGGAUUCCUCAAGCAACUCCUGCUGAGAUUCUUCCAGCAAUUUCUCUUAAAACUCCUUUAAAAAUCUCAUUCUGGUACCUCCAGGAAUUCUACUAGGGAAGUUCUUCUGGAAAUUCUUCCGGAAAAUCUCUCUGGGAUUUAUCUAAAAAUCCCUUCGGUGAUUUCUUCAAGGAUUUAUCCUCUAGAAAUACCUUCCUCCAUGAAUUCCAGCUGGAACUCUUCAAUCAAUUCCCUUUAAAACUCCUUCAGAAAUACUUCUAAAGAUUUCUUCUGGCAUUUUUCCUGCGAUUCCAUUAGGGAUUCCUCCAGUAUACUUCUACCGAUUAUUUCAACGAGAACUGCAGGUAUUGCUCCAGGCAUUUGUUAGAGGAUCUUCUCUUAGGAUACCCCCGACCAAAGAUGCUAUAUUAUUUUAUCAAAAAUCUGUAUCAAUACAGAUUUUUCUGUAUCGCCGUAUUUGAGGGCACAGCAGGCACCAAAAAUCCUAGAAUUCGAUAGAAACUAAUAAAAUUGUGCAAUUUUCAGACGGUUUUUAAUUUUUACCGGUAUUUAUUUCUCUAAGGCGUUUGUUAAAAUGCACAAAUUUUCGUAAAUAUUUCUAAGUUUAAGCAGCAAUUUAUAAAAUUUUCGGUAUGUAGGGUCUUGUACCAUUUGGGCAGGUGUACCUAUUUUGGGCACUUGCCGCUAUAACUAAGUCAAUUUCAAACCGAUUGAUUUGAAUUUUUGUAUAGAGUUAGGCACGUGCAGUAUC